UCAUAAUGUACUGUAACUGCCAUAGAAACUGUUUCGAUUUGAAAUAGACAUGGCCGUACCCUUUUCUAACACAACUUUAAGAGUUCCACAUGGCUUUCCAAACUUGCUGGAGGGUCUCGCUCGAGAAGUGUUACGAUAUCAACCAAAAGACAUUUACGGCUUCGGCGCCAGAUAUUUCGAAGAACUUUUAAAAAAGAGAGAAGAAACGGGUAUCGAAGACUUGGCUCAGCUUGGAGCAAAACUAGAUGACAGAUAUUACAAUAAUAAAGCUUAUUGUACUGGUACUUGCAGUAUUAAUAAUGCUGAACAUCAAGAAGCCGCUGUACGUAUUCAAGCAGAAUAUCGUAGACAUUUGGCUGUUCAAGAGACUGAGCAUAUACGUGAAGAAAAUGCUGCGACACGAAUUCAAUGCAAUUAUCGGGGUUACAGAGAUAGAAAACUAGUGAAGUCAUUAAAAGAAAAGAAAGACAAUGAAGGCAUACAACAAGAAACUGAAAAACAAUCAGAACACUCUGAAUCAAGUAAUCAAGAAAAUAUCUUAUCAGAUACUUCAAGUUCAUUAAACAAUCAACAGAUUCCCAAAAAAUCUGAAGAAUUAAAAUAUAACACUACUGAAGCAGCUAUUAAAAUUCAAUCUAGUUAUCGAAAUCAUCUUGAAAGAAAACGUCGUCAAAGUAUCUCAAAAAUAAAACGAGCCUUAUCUAUUAUUGAUACUAAAGAUGAAAGUAUAAACGAAUCAGAUAGUGAAUCGAAUCAACAUCAUCACAAUUCAUCAUCAACAGAAACUUCAAGAUUUGAAUCAAGAGAAAAUCAAACCGUCAACGAAUCAUCUAUUGCAAAAACUCCUGAAAUAGAAGACAAUCGCAGUAACAAUUCUGUAGAAGACGAAAAAUCUUCUGAUAAAGUUGAUAACAAUAAAAUAUCAGUUCCAGAAGAAAAUUUAGAAUCAGAAGAACCGACAGUAGACGAAGUAACAGAAAAUUCUAACGAAAUAUUAACUGAAGAUAAAAGUAUUGCUGAUAAUACACAGUCAGAGGAUCAAACAAGUGAUAAAACACCAAGGAAAGAUGAAGUGGCCAUUUCAUCUUCAUUAUCGAGCAAGAUGUCUUCUGUAAAGCGAGCGCCAAUUCUUUGAACCAAACAGAAAUACUGACUUCACAUUAAUUUUGAAAAUCUGCACAAUGUCCUUAUGCAGAAUGAAGCUGUUUACCACACUGAUUUCAGACUAGUGUAGGUCUGUUUCGCUUUUACCAUCUUGCCCUUGUGAUAUCCUCAUAUGUGUAGCCUAUAGUUGCAACGAUGGCUCCUAGAUGUGUGACGUAGAGUGUGACCCUUCAAAUUUCUCCUGAUGGUGGUGAUUAGUGCUUAUUGUUGCUGUUGGUAGUCAGGUAUCUUUAUAGCCUCGGUGUGUUUUAUGUUCACUUGAUCUCCUAUCCUCGCUACCUCUUCAGCCAACUUGUUGGUUUUCGCUUGUAGAUUUUCGAAUUGUGUCAAAUUAUACACAAAUCAUCCACGAAGUCCAGAUCUUCCAGUAUCUCCUUAUUAGUUCAGCGUGUGGCUGUCUUUAUAGCAGCCAAAUACUCUUAAUUACUUGUUUGGUUACCUGAUAGUUUCGAAAAAAUAAUUUUUCCAGCUGCAUAAAAAAAGCCCCAACUUUAUUAUUUCAAGUGCUUAAGCUGCAUAAAUACAAAUGAAAUGGACAUUUGCUAACCUGGACAAAGUCAGUGUAUGAGCACACAUGUUACAUCAAGCACCAUUACGCUUCAAUUCACUUAAUCUUGUUUUAAUCAGAAGAGUUUAUUCACUAGAAAAGACAUAUAAGUCUGUGAUUACACCGAAUGAACACAUUUCAUAUAAACUAGAAUUCGACCUACUGAUUACUGGCUAGUCCUAUGUUUUGUAGUUGAUAAAUUACCACAAGUUUCAUGGAUUAGACAUUUUAACAAUCUAAACUUUAAUCUCUGUAGAUCAAGUUGCAUUGAGUUGUAAGGGUAAAAACCAUCAGAGAUUGUGUAAGAGAAAAUCUAAACAAUGUUCAGGUUACUUUGUUCAAUAAUGAAAUGUGAAUUGUUCUUUUGAAACGACAAGCAUGUAUAGAAGAGUGGAAUAUCUCUCUUAAAAAGUGCUUAAUAUAUCAAUAUAUGUGUAAACGUUGGGCACUGUGGUAGUAAGUAAUUCCAUAUAAGUUUGUUUUUUAGAUGUAUCACACAGCAAAACAAUAUUAUUUACUGGACGACAAUGUUUCGAACAAAAUUUAUUGUUCACAGUCAUAUCAGUUGUAAUCACACGACUUUGAAACUUGAGCUUUAUAGUCUUCUUUGUCCUCUUCUACUUGUCGUAGGGGUAGUAGAAUUCUCCAGAUUUCCAACUGGACAGAUGUUGAAUCAUUCCUAUUACACGUAUUUGCAGUUGAUUCGAUAAAUGAAGCUUCCGUUAUAAAUGUUUACAGGAAACAGAUAUUUGGACUUCAGAUCAUGGCAUCCUAUAUCAGUGAAAAUAGGAUUGGUGAAAUAUUUACGUAGUACGGCAGAAAAAAUAAGAAAUAUCAAGGAAAAUCUAAGACAGGAAGUGAGGCAUAUAAGAGAAUCUUUGAAACUUAAUAAUUACCCUGAUGAAUUAGUCAUAAAGUAUGUAGGCGAAUUUAAAAAUGAAAUAAAUAGUAACAGCAGUGAUAGUGAUAACAGUAAUAAUAAUAUUAAUAUUGAUGACAUACAUGCCAAAUAUGCGUAAGACAACACCAACAAUAAGGAACCUAAAUCAUCAGUAGUAAUUCCAUACGAGGAAGGAACCCCGGAAACCUUACGCAGAAUUAAUAACAAGGCAGGAAUAAAAGUGGUUGGCAUUCAAACCCACAAACCCAAUUAGAAACAAGCUUUGUCGGUUAAAGGAUCCUGUGGAGCCUUGUAGAACAGGGUCAGUGAGUCAGACUGACUGAGCAUAAAAACCUAGCAAAAUCUAGACAAGUUGACCCGAAUAAGAUAAGUAAUCUAGAGAAUAGUUCACCUAUACCACUCACUACAUGCAGUACACGCAACCAUACAAUAGGAUGGGAUAAGAUGACAGUUUUAAAAUCUUAUGUAACAGGGUGGAGGGAGAGAUUGAUUACGGAAGCUUUAUUUAUCGAACCAACUCCAAACACGUGCAAUGGGAAUGGUUCAACAGCUGUCCACCCGGACAUCUGAAAAAUUUACUGCCCCUACAACAAGUAGGAAAGAAUAAAGAAAACCAUAAAACUGAAUUUUCGAAGUCGUGUGACUGUAAUUGAUAUGAUUACGGACAAUAAAUUUUGUUCGAAACGUCAUCCAGUAAAUAAUAAUACUGUUUCAGUGUGUGAUACAUCUGAUCAACAAAGUAAUAGGGAAUUGCCUAAUAUAUCACAUGUAUACAGGUAACCACAUUACAUCAGACGGUAUUGUAGCUGAAGGGAGAUUAGAAAUUUUGUGAAAUAAACGGUUGUCGUUUGUCUUUGGUGCAAAAAUCAAAUAUUUUUCAAACUAUCAGGGGAUAAAUACAUUAGGCAAAGAUGUGCUGCACAUUUUUAUGUGACCUUUUAACAUCUAUAACUUAAAGGGAUAUUCAGCAGAGAUUCUUCUGUGGCUAAACUCCCAUUCGACCUAAUUACCAGUUGAUUAAGACAAAUAUAUUAGCAGUACAAACAACGGGUAAAUUAAUUAAUGAUAUUUUUAAAUCAAUACUGCUAAACAUACUUAAAACUUGUAUAGUGUGAAGCUAAACUCUGUGUACGCUAUGUACACUCAUUAGUGGUUGAAACAAAACGGUAAUAAAUCGACUAAUUCUCAAAGUAAGAGAAAACAUUUUAUGUCCAAAUGUAGGACGACAUACUGAAGUAUCUAAAAAUCAGCUAAAUGCUUAAAGAAAAGAAAACGAUUGUUUUGAAGUGACUUUUGAUUAAACAAUGAUUGGCAAAUGAUAAGUGUCGGAAAGCGGACUUUGUCCACACAUUUUGUUUACUUUCUGUCACUUGUCUUUUAUAAUACGAAUUGACUUAGAAUCAAGCAUAUAUUAUGCCUACAGUAAUAAAACAGUCACUGGGGUUAUAAGAGAAAGGAGUAAACAUCGGUUUCAUGAAAAAAAUUCACCAUAUAUAUGUCACUAAAUUUAACUUCAGCCUUCUCAACGAAAAAUUAGAGUACUCAUUUCAAUAUUUUAUACAGUUGUUUAAACGCCUACUCAGAUAGUCUAAAGCCACAAUGAAAAGGAUGCUAAAAUGAAACUGGGGAAUACAGAAGUGUAUCUUGAAACUUAACUUAACACAACACUAUGUUGAUUUGCUUUGCUUCACAAAUAACCAGUCGCUUCAUUUAAUUAUCAUUUAACUAAUGGAAAUAUGGAAGUAGAUUAUAAUUGUAUAUAGUCAAGAGACACAUAGUGAGGUGUAGACUAGAUGACUGAGAUCCUUGAAACGCCAAAAACUAGUAACUGAAGACUACUGGUGACGUGACUCAAAAUUGUCAUUAGUGAUGGAUAUUCAAGUGUUGAUUUGUAGGGAUUUGAUUGGUUACAGGAUUUCAUCAUACGCUGACAAUAGUUAGAGAACCACUGAGAAACCUGGGAGUACUGGAUAGCUGUUUCGUCCUAGUUUGGGACUCUUCAUCAGUACGCGCCCACCGGGGUCCGAACCCA